AUGAAGCUCCGCUGCUGCUCCUCGACCAACUUGGCUCUGCUCGCCACUAUUUUCGUCUCUUUUACCCUUCUCGCAGCUUCCGUUAAGGCCAAACACGACUCGCAUGCACGCACGCAUCACCUGCUUCGAUGUCUGGGGCAUCACGCCGUGCAAGCAGCCGACAUUGCCAAAGUGCAAGCGCUUCUUGACGCCAACCCGAAUCCUACUGACGAUGCCGUUUGGAGCCAACUCAAUCCGAAACAGUGGGGCUUCAAAGGGCACGAUGCUCCUGGUGGCGAUACCUGGCAGCCUGAGAACGGCGCGGCUCAGACAGCCAAGGAGCGCACCAUGAGGCAGCAUGCUAAGCUGCUCAAGUGCGCCAAACGAUUGCACGCCGUGCAAGCUCCAGCGCCUCCUCCGGCAAUGGACGCUGUCGCACUCGAUCAGCCUCAGCCCGACAGCGCACAGCCCAGAGACAAGCGCCAAACAGAGCCAGUGAUGCCCGACGCGUCUGGUGGUGCAGGUCUCAAGCAGGUUGGACGACAGGGGGCCAGUGAUGCCCGAGCUCAAUUCGACCACGCGGGCGGUUCGAUGAUGGUUGAUCCGGCGACACCUGCUGCGGGAACUCGUGGCACUGGUAGAACAGGCAGUCGCGGCGUUGCAUUGGCGCCGCUGUCGAACAACCAAACCGUCCAUGGCGCUGCACCUCAGACCGACCAGAAAGCUGGCGAGAAGGCUAUUGCCACUCCAGGAGGCGCAGAGAAGCACUCGCCCGGCUUAGCACCAGACGCGGCGUCGGUUGGCUCUACUUUUGCAAACAGUCACGAAGCUAAGAACGCAUCCAAGACUAUACCUGGAGAUAGAGGCGCAGUCGCCGCGGAUUUCGGCGGUGCUGGUGCAGGUGCGAACCCAGCUGCGCAAGCUCCGUCUGUGCCUGCCCAGCCAGGUGCUGCAGACGUGAAAGCUCCGACUGAACCAAACGCUAACGCUGUAGCUGCUGGAAAUGCCCCAGUGCAUCCUAACGCUCCGGUCGACCCCAACGCUCCGCUCAAGCCUGGUGCUCCAGUUGAUCCCAAUUCUCCAGUGGAUCCAAAUGCUCCAACUCAGCCUGGUACUCCAGUCGAUCCGAAUGCCUUACUGAAGCCCGGUGUACUCGGAGAUGCCAACGCUCUGUCUGGAACGAUGGGUGGGGACGCCAAGUUUCAAGCUGUCGCAGCGAUCGCUAUGGGCGGUGCAACGAAUGCUGCUGCUGCUGGAGCUGCGGUACUGGCACAUGCCAACGGAACCAAUGCGACGACUGUAUGGAAUCAGCGUCUGCCUGCGAUUGUUGGCCAACUCAAGCUGGCCCAAGUGUCGGCAGCACACUCGAAUUGCACGGAGCCGUUGAUUCGCAAGGAAUACUCGACGCUCACACGCCAAGAGAAAAAGGCGUUUGUCGAAGCGGUGAAAUGCGUGCGUUCGAAGCCGUCUCGAUUCAAGACGAGCACACCCGGUUGGAACGCGGCUGACGACUGGACGCUGUUGCACAUCCGGAUGGUCAAGUACGUUCAUUUCACGGCGUACUUUCUGCCAUUCCAUCGUGGCUUUACGGUGCUUGUCCAACGCGAUUUGAACGAGUGUGGAUUUGCACUGGGUCUGCCUUGGAUCGAUUGGACAAAGACGUCGCAGGAUCCGAGCAUGAAUGGUAUUUGGGAUCCGGAUCCGGAAGUUGGGCUGGGAACCGACGGCAAAGGGGAUAGCAAGGAUUGCCCUUGGCAGUCCGGGCUUGCAGUCACAGACGGAGCUCUAGCUGAUCACUUUUUCAACGCUCCUCGGCGUCAUCGAUUGUGUCGCCAGUUUAACAACCUCGACGUCAAGAGUCCCAAUGCUCAUUUCGGUCCGAAUUGCACCACGUUUAUCAACGCAGAUUUCAUCAAAGGUCUAGGCGCAACACACGACAACGGAAAGUUUUUCGACUUUUCGUCGGCGUUAGAGAUCUCGACACAUCUGUCGAUGCAUACGUGUGUAGGAGGCAAUUUGGCUUGGCUGAGUAGCAGCCCCAACGACAUGGCUUUCCACAGCCAUCACGCUACGCUGGACAACGUGUUUGAUGCAUGGCGCAAGAAAAGCGAUGCGAAUCAAAUGGCGUUCCAUGGUCCCAAGCAACAGCAGAAGCGCGGUCAACAUCCCCCCUGGACAGCACAAAAGACGGACGUGAUCAACUUUGAGCCGUUGGCCCCGAACGUCAUGGUACAGGACCUGUUGGAUCCCGAAAGUGGAAAGUGGGGAGGUAGGAUGUGUUACAGGUACGAUUACAAUAUCGCCAUGUGA